GUCUUUUCUUUUCUCUGCCAUGAAUCAGCCCGGCACACAAAACACGAAUGGGAAUGGGACAGGGACCGGCUUCAUGCCUGCUCCUAGACAGGAGAUGGAGUACCUGUGUGCUGACUGCGGCGCGAAGAACGAGAUCAAGUCGAGAGAACCCAUCCGGUGUAGAGAGUGCGGGCACCGAAUCAUGUACAAGAAAAGGACCAAGCGG